UGGCACAACAUUUUACUGACCAUUUGUUAUUUUCGAUUUUGGCUCAUCCACGAUGCAAUCUCUACGGAAUAAUUUUUCUAACCUGACACUAGCGGCUCUACAGAAAUGCUCGAAGCAAUUCAAUCAACAGCUAUUUGCAUCAAUCGGAUUUUCAAAGCGGGGCCUUGACACUCUGUAUGGCGCAGAGUCGUGCGAGGAUUGCGUGGAAUCGUACCGCAUAUCGCCAGCAAGGGAGGACUUGAAAAAGAUUGAGGCGCCCGAUCCUUUUAAAUCCAAGGAUCCAUGCUGGCAAUCUCUGCGUCGGACAGAGUAUAAAUGCCGCACUGAUCCCGAAUUUAUGAUUGAUUCAUUCGUCAAUGAGCAAAAGAAGUGUCUAGGCGAUCCCUGUGCAUUCGACGUACCCCGUGCUGAUCUGAAGUACUACAGGCCGUCCGAUAAGCUCAAGAAGAAAUACGCACGCACGUGGAUCAAGUGCGUAAUGAAGCGGCGCAAGGUGAAGAUGCAGUGCGCAUGGAAGCCAGUUGAGUACGAGCGUCGCACGUUCAAGAAGUUCGUUCCAAAAGAUGCGUGCGAGGCCAAACCUUGCACUUUGGGUGUCCCGGAUCUAGGUCUGGCCCAAUGCAAGAAGAAAACCGAAGAUUCUGCCUGUCCGCGGGUCACAAUGCCGGGCUGCAAGCCGGGCCGUGUUCCGCCAAAAUGCACUGUGGGAUUCAGAAAGCCAAAGGACUGUCGCAAGCGCCUAACCAAGUAUCCCGCAUUCUCCGAGUGCCUCAUGGAUCCCUUGCCGACCGCUCCACCCGUUGAAUGCAACUGCCUCAAGACUCCUUCAAUGUGCAGUGUUUGGGAAUACUUUCGCAACAAGAAAUCGUAGGCCAUCUGACCUAUGCGAAAUUUUAUAAAAUUUAUAUAUAUAUAUAUAUGUGUGUAUAUACAUUAUAUAUAUAUGUCGAUAUAAAUUUUGAAAGAAAUUAUAAGCAAUUAUGCGGAGCCAUACUUUGCGCCUGCACCAAACUGUGCCUAUUCUCGUACUGUGACUAAAUUAGAGUACCAAGCAUAGGAAUUGUCGAAAA